GGAAGCGCCCUUUGCCCGCGGAGCAGGAAGCUGCCGCCGCCGCGCAGCAGGGCAGGCGCCGGGCGGGAGCGGGCGCGCUGCAGGUUUGUGCUGUAGUGCCCAAGGUGACCGUGCAGAGACCGCUUUGCCACUCACUGCCCUGCAGGAGCAGACUGGAGGAUCCCAAGGAGCAUGAAAAUCUGAAAAUAUGGAGCUCUACACUAGACUAAUUUGCAUAACCUCUACACCUUGGUACAAGAGGAACACAGAACUGAGUGGUCUGAAGAGAAAAUAAGUAGCUGUUUGUAAGCAGCCAAGGGUUCCUGAUUGCUUAACCUGGCAUAACUGUCCAGAUGGACCAAGGAGAAGAACAAGAUCAAGAGGCCUUGGAGGAGAUGCACACAGGUGGCGAGGCAGGUCCCCUUCCAGGAGAUCAUGCGAGUGCAGAUCAGCAGGACUUGUUGGCAGCAGGGUCCAGAGGAGGAGAGGAGGGCUCAGGGGGUAGCCAUGCAAGUCAGCACAGUUCCUCAGAGGCACAGUUCGGUGGCUGUGAGAAGGAGCAAGAGGUGGCUAAGCCACCUUGCUCUGACGGCAGCCUGGUGAAAAGACAGGAAAAAGGACAAGCAACAGCCACACGGCGAGCCCCUCGUGCAGAGCGGCCCACCAUCUGCUCCGAGUGUGGCAAGGGCUUCAGUCGGAGCAUCCACCUCAUCCAGCACCAGCGCAUGCACACUGGGGAGCGCCCGUUCCUGUGCGGGGAGUGCGGCAAGGGCUUCAGCCAGAGCUCCCAUCUCAUCCAGCACCGGCGGGUCCACACAGGCCAAAAACCCUACACCUGUGCCGAGUGUGGAAAAAGCUUCAGCCAGAGCUCCAACCUCCUCAAGCACCAGCGCAUCCACACCGGGCUCAAACCUUAUGUGUGCGGCGAGUGUGGGAAAAUCUUCAGUGACAGUUCCACCUGCAUCAAACAUCAACGCAUGCACACAGGUGAGCGGCCCUACAAGUGUCCAGCCUGUGGGAAAAGCUUCAGCCAACGCUCCCACCUCCUCCAGCACCAGCGAGCACAUGAGGGGGUUCGGCCCUAUGCUUGUGGGCAGUGUGGCAAGCGUUUUGGGCAGAGCUCUGACCUCAUCAACCACGCUCGCACCCACACUGGUGAGAAGCCUUACAAAUGCAGUCAGUGCGGCCGGGGCUUCAGCGGCAACUCCAACCUCAUCAAGCACACCCGCAUCCACACUGGUGAGCAGCCAUACCACUGCAGCCAGUGUGGGGAAAGCUUUCGUUUCCAACCCCAGCUGGUGCGCCACCAGAAGCACCAUACAGAGUAGCUGGGGGAGAGGAUAAAGGCUGUGUUGACUCUAGGCAGAUACCUGGUGCUGGGAAGGCACACAGCUGCUCCCUGGGGCAUGAACACCACAUGAGGUGUGAAUGUUGAGGGUGGAACUCCUCAGAGCCUUUCCCCUUCCCCUCAAGUUAAAUCUGCUUGUGAGCAUUGCCCAGACACUCAAGCAGGGAGGGAGGCUGCUGCAGAAGGAACUAGUGCAUGUUCACUGCUGUGUGGUGGUAAUUCUGAGCUGCUGUUUUGGGGUUGGAGACAAGAAAGGUGCUUAUGGUACGUUCCAAUACAGAAGGGAGAAUACAGAAAUGUUCCAAGGAUCAGUGCCUUUUUCUGUUAUUUUUAUUGGGGAGUGAUUUUUAUCCCUAUAAAAAACAUAGCUAAAAUCUAUUAACUGUGUCCUGUACAAGCUGCCUUGGUUUUGCCAUUGUGAUAAGGCCACAGCUUGGGAUAACGGCUCCCAUUUAGUAUCUACAUCUCCCACUUGCCGGUAUUGGUUUUAGGUGGUGUUAGCAUCUAUUUAUUUUAAAACCCCACAGCAAUAUGUUGGGUGUCUCUAUGUACGUGUUGUAGACCCACCUGACAUUCUGUUGACGCCAUGUCUAUGGAACUGUAUUUUGCUUGGUUAUAUGUUAGUUAAAUUGAUGGUUCCACAAAUCCUGCUGCUGUUUAAAAACUUAGUCCUCAGCAGCAAUUAUGACAAUUAACAUCCUAAUAGAUAUUUCUCUCAAAUUCUUGUUAAGGUGCUUUUGUGGGUGGCACUUUAUGAAUGUUUUUAUAAGGCUUUUAAAAGUAUUUAGGAUGACUUUUUUAAUUGUGAUCUUCUAAUUGUCAGUUGAUGAACAGAAAGAGGAUGUUUGAAAAACAAGCUGUCAAACUUUGAUUUUAUAUUAAAUGUUAAACAUUUUUUCUUGCAUAAAACUUUUUAACUCAGACAUUAGAAUUUUGAGUUGUUAAUGAUUACAAAGAGGUGAUUAUGACAUUGA